AUGGCUCGGUAUACUUGUCAUCAAUUUUACAUUCUUUUCCAACUAUGUCUAGUAUUGAUUUUGAUACAGUGGACAAUCCAUCAUGUCAAUUAUGCCAGUGAUCGUUUAUACCAACGCCGUAAUGGCGCGUUCAAGCUGCAUUCCCUACAGCAGUCAGUCCAAGUUGAAAAGGCGAACCAUAGGAUCAGAAAAUUAAGUAAUAAUAGUCGUCAAUCAGUCAAUUUAAUCACCAUCGAAAGUGCUAGACGUAGUAACCGUGAUAUCUUUCCUGUCAAGUCUUAUUUUAUACCAAUGGUGAUUUUUUCAUCAUUUCGGCUCCAUUAUAUCACUCAAUUAUUACAAUCAUUAAAAGUGGCUGCUAUGACUGCUAAUUUAGAUGGCGCAAGCCCUUGCUUAUUUGUAUUACAUCGGAAUAAGGAUGUUUCACAACAGCAUAUCCGUGAUAUGCAACGACUGUUGAAUACCAUUCAAUUUUGUAAGGUGUACCAGUGGAGAGUGCAUGCUCCUAAUCAAGGCAAAAGGACAGCUUCGUCCUUUAAAGCUGUCUGGUUUGAUGCUGUUAAAAGAGCCUUUGAAAGCCAAAAGUUUGCUACUAGUACAUCAUCGUAUGAAGAUGAUAUCAUCUUUUUGGAAGACGACAUUAUCUUAUCGCCGGAUGCGUUAAAAGUCUUCAGAUAUGGUAUUUAUCAGAAAAAUCGGCAUAAUAGCGUGAUUGCUGUUGCAUUAGGAGGUUGGUCGGGUGAGAACGUUAUUAAUGCACAUCCUGAUACAUUUAUCGUGCGCCGUUCAUUCCAUUUUCCUUCUAUGGCAUAUGCGUUUAAUAUGUCAACUUGGAAAAUCAUCAAGUCCUCUAAAUUCUUAAAGCAUCGCAAUAGAGAUUGGUCAGAAGCUUUAGGCGAUAUCGUUAAUAGACGAUUGGGUUGGGUGCCUUAUUUUAUUGUACCUACACUUGGCCGUAUUUGGCAUAUUGGUUCUCAAGGUUUAGGUUUAAGAGGAGAUUCAUCUAUGAGGCGCCAUGUUGAAUUACGCGCUCAUUGGACUAAGGCGCCACGAUUAAUUAAUUUCCACAGUGCAAAAGUAAAUAAAGGUUACAGAGAUCUAUUUGGUUUUUAUUGUGGUCAAUUUAUUCUAAAGUCAUCGUUAUGUCCAAGAUCAUAUAUUCGAUUUCCUCCCGGCAGAAGGUUUGAUAUUAUUUGCAUAGAUGCAGGGAAUGGUCCGGAACCUUGCUUGCGGAAAUAUCCGUAUCUUGAAAGAGAUUUUACUAAUUGGAUUCAUUAA